UGAAGCUUAUUGGAAAGUUAAGUCAAAUUCAUCUACAUCUUGAGAUUCUUGGUCACAACCCGCGCCCGGAAACGCAACUGAGAGGCUCUCAUUGGUCACCCUUGGUUGUCGAGUUGUAGGUUUUCGUGACACUGACGUACUAAACAAACAUUUCAAGCCUACAAUGAAUUGAUGCGCAACUUGAUGGGAAGAGAUCAGUGAUGCCGACCUUGAGUUCCCGGCAUUUAUCUGCUACGGUAUGGACUCGAAAAGCGGUGGUGUUUUUGAUUCUCUGGUACUUGUGGUCGGGAUGUACUUUGUUUCUGAACAAGUACGUCGUCUUCUUUAUGAAAGGCGAUCCGGUGGUGCUCGCUUGUAGCCAAAUGUGGAUGACAUUGAUUUUGGGAUUUCUGCAAAUGCAUUUCCCAUUGGGUAUGUUUGAAGCACAGGAAAGGAAAACCUCUCCCCCAAACUUCUAUUUGAAUAUGCUCAUCGUGGGCGCCUUGCGAUUUGCCACUGUUCUGUUAGGCCUGAUUGCCUUGAAUUAUGUCGAGGUCAGUUUCACCGAAACAGUCAAGAGCUCAGCACCAGCCUUUACUGUCCUUAUAUCCAGGGUCAUGACAGGUGAAGUGACUGGCCUUUUUGUGAAUUUAUCGCUCUUGCCAGUCAUGGGUGGAUUGGCUCUAUGCUCAGCCAACGAGUUAAGCUUCCACAUUUUAGGAUUUCUGGCAGCCAUCGGCACAAAUGUCUCUGAAUGCCUCCAAAAUGUAUUUUCCAAGGUCCUUAUCAGUGGCGAUGCCUAUAAGUAUUCACCGGCCGAAAUCCAGUUUUACACCAGCCUUACCUCCUUGUUGGUCCAACUUCCCGUGAUGGUUUUUAUGACAGAUUUUGACAAGACUUGGGAUAGUUUCACGUCUCAGUAUUUCGUGGCUUGUCUAUUCAACGGGAUUUUCUUCCAUUUUCAAACCAUAUCCGCCUAUGUCCUUAUGGAUUUCAUUUCACCUGUCACUCAUAGUGUCGCCAACACUGCCAAACGGGCCCUAUUGAUUUGGCUCUCUGUGAUCCUCUUUGGCAAUCCAGUGACUUUGCUCUCUGGGCUUGGCACGGUUAUUGUGAUUCUCGGCGUGUUAGCUUACAAUAAAGCCAAGGAAAUUGAUCACAAGAAAAAAUGGCACAUACCCGCUGUAUCCUUCAAUAUCAAGGAAGCUCGACUCAGUUAAGGCUCUUCAUCUCUCGGCAAACAAUCCAUUCCAUUUUUGUGAUACCAUAUACUUAGGAAACCAUAAUUAAGUGAAUACCUGUAUGUAAACAUGUCUACUCCGGAAUACAUCAAUCCAUAAACACUUAAAAUUAUGGACGUGCCUCGACCAAGACUAGUCAUAACUAGAGGGCUAGUUAGUCAUAACAAAAAGCCAAUUCAGCCGCAAUUACCUUUAGGCUGUCUGUAGAAAGUUUGGUCCGAUUUGUUAGUCAAGAUGUCAGGGCUGCCAGGCAUAUGUGGAAAAUUGCGUUCUCUUGAGUUUCAGGAAGCUAUGGACAGGGCGAACCUGCAACAUGACAAGACUAAUGGUGCAACCCUGAUGACUAGUCUUGGUCAUCGAGAUGUGUCCAUAAUUUUCAGUGGUCUAUGAUCAAGCCCAAA